AUCAUACAGUGUUAAAGGAUUAAUUUCCCCACAUUGAUAGAAAAAAUUAUCAAUACUAGUUAAUAUCACUACCGCAGAGGCGGAGACUAGCGGCGGAGAAACAGCGGCCCAUUCCAACAACGCCGCUAGUUGAGAAGAUCCCAGCAGAGGUCAGCGGCGGUCAUGGCAGGUACCGCCAAACGCCCCCUGGAUAGCGGCCGUGCAGUCCGAACCGCUGCCAAAUUGGUCUAUUUAUCUUGAACCCUCCAGAUUUUACGAAGCCUUCUUGGCGCGAACAAAACCACAGGCAGAGGCGCGAAGAGCACCCAACCUAAAUCUGGCGCAACCUACCCGCGAGUACACCCAUAAACGCCGCUAGAAACCCAACACUUGAUUUUGCUAGCGCACCGAACACGAGCGGGAGCAGAGCCGCGUACCAUCCGCUCCACCCGGCGCUUCCCUCUUGGCUGUCGAAUCGCGCAGCGGCCAACCGUGGUUCUAUCUCCGGCGACGAAGUUGAACAUCUCAUCGGGACUGUGUGAAACCAUGACACCGUCCUCCAUCGUGCGCGAAACCUAGCUAUUGCUGCCUCCCCCUUUCACUGGGAAAUUGGAGAGCAGAGACUUCUUUCUCAUUUCCAGAAGCCGUUGGUUCGCAGAGAAGAUGAUAGAUGCGUCUCCUUUCUCUUCGUUGGAGGUCGCAACCUCAUUUGCAAGGCAGUUGUGGUUCAGAGAGUCCCCUAUACAAUCAUGGUUGGAUGCCUUCUCUGGACAAAGUCACCUCUUUCGAGCCAUUCGUUAUGCCCCAGGAUCAAUGAUGAGGGAAUUGCUUCAUUGGGACCGAAAGUACCGAGCCAAAUAUGGGUUUGAGUUUAUAACUAGUACGGACUCGUGGGAGUCGCAGAAAAUACUUGACGAGGUGAAGGUACGCUAUGAAAAUACUCUUGUUGUUGAACUGGAUAUUGCAGCACGAGAGGAGUUCAAACUCAUAGAACAUGGACUUGAACGACUAUGGGAACGAUUAUCUCGAUCCCAGGUUCAGGAGGCACCCGAAGAAACGGGGGAGGUGGUACCGGAUUCAGUGGAGAAAGAGGCUGUUGUCUCCUCCGAAAACUCUGCAGAGGCUAAUUCUGCUGGACAAAAGGCCUCGAUGCUAUCAUAUGACCUCAAUAAAAUGCCGGACGAGAAUGAAUAUCCAUAUGGUGGAAUGUCCCCUGAUACAAAGAAUGCAUGGCACCUAUCUAUGUGGGCGACACGAUACCUGAACCCUUAAAGAUAUUGCAAUAGUUCUAAAAAUUUGGGUUUGGAUUUAUAGGCUGCCCAAGACUUCUGUGUUGAAGUUGUCGUGACUUAAUGGAACUCUUUAAAUUGCUUAUAGGGAUCGUUAGUAUGCUGCAUGUUGAAUGCCCUUGGUCUACUGUUUUACCCAUUUAUGCAGUUUUUUAACUUGACUGUUUCAAGUUGCUGAUUAAUAUAAUUUUUUUGGACAA